GUGUGACAGUAACAGGCAGGGAGGAGUGGGGCAGGAGGACAACGGGGCAGUGUGCACAGUGUUGGGGCUGUGUGGAGGCAGGGAGGGAGUAACAGCCUCAGUGUGACAGUAACAGGCAGGGAGGAGUGGGACAGGAGGACAACGGGGCAGUGUGGAGGCAGGGAGGGAGUAACAGCCUCAGUGUGACAGUAACAGGCAGGGAGGAGUGGGGCAGGAGGACAACGGGGAAGUGUGCACAGUGUUGGGGCUGUGUGGAGGCAGGGAGGGAGUAACAGCCUCAGUGUGACAGUAACAGGCAGGGAGGAGUGGGACAGGAGGACAACGGGGCAGUGUGCACAGUGUUGGGGCUGUGUGGAGGCAGGGAGGGAGUAACAGCCCCAGUGUGACAGUAACAGGCAGGGAGGAGUGGGACAGGAGGACAACGGGGCAGUGUGGAGGCAGGGAGGGAGGAGUGGGACAGGAGGACAACGGGGCAGUGUGCACAGUGUUGGGGCUGUGUGGAGGCAGGGAGGGAGUAACAGCCUCAGUGUGACAGUAACAGGCAGGGGACAGGAGGCCAGAGGAGGACAACAGUGUUGGGGAAACGAAAAGGAAACAGAAAGCCUUGCCAGGACAGCCCAAGUGUUCCUCACGCGGUGCCGGAAAAAAGGCACAAAUGCUUGCAUGAAUAAGUCCAGGGAAAAGGCUUGAAAACAAGUGAUUCAAGCUGGAAAGUAUAGAGCGAUGGUGUAUGACAGUGAGGAAGGAUAUGAAUGGUAUAACGCCAUUGCCGAGCAGUGUGUGUGAUGACAGCUGAUGAGAAUAUGAGGAGGAGGACCCGCGAUGGGGCGCCUGAGGUCACCAGGACAAGGCCAUGACCGAGACCAAGACAUGAAGUGUGAAGACAUGAGCUCGUGUGCAUGAGAGCAAAUGGAUUAAGAACUGCAUGCGAAUGGUUGGUGGCAGUGGUAUGCGAGUCAGGUGGGUGAGCAGAGAGGAAGGGAGGCGUUUCUUUGAAUGGAAGGUGACUGACAGGAACAGUGAGGGUCUAGAAUGGGAUGUGAGAAAGUGGAAGAGAGAGAUAGAGAUGCAGUGAAAGGUGACGGUCUGAGGAGGUGGAAGCAUGCGAUGGAGCGAAAGAGUACUUUGGAGUGGUACAGGGAAAAGGAAGCCCCGCAGUGUGUCAGCUGCAUGAUGGAAGCCUGGGUGGUGAUCUUCUCUGCCAAGCUCGAGCGCAGUGUAUGAAUGUGAAUGCAAGAAACUACAGGUGGUCUGAGUCCUGCAGCAAAGUGUGUCAGAUGUGUGACUGACAGGGGUGUGGAUGAAACUGUGGCGCAUGUGAUGCUGGUGUGUGGGAGGUACCGGAGAGAAAGGACGGAGAUGAUGAGGGUGGCACUGAUGGGCUGGGAGGUGAAUGGAAGGAUUGCAAGAACAGAGAGGGAAUGGAUGCUGGUGUGUGGGAGGUACCGGAGAGAAAGGACGGAGAUGAUGAGGGUGGCACUGAUGGGCUGGGAGGUGAAUGGAAGGAUUGCAGGAACGGGGAGGGAAUGGAUGCUGGUGUGUGGGAGGUACUGGAGAGAAAGGACGGAGAUGAUGAGGGUGGCACUGAUGGGCUGGGAGGUGAAUGGGAGGAUUGCAGGAACAGAGAGGGAAUGGAUGCUGCUGCUGCUGGUGUAGUGCGGCGACGGCCUGAUGAACGAGCCUCCCAUAACCCACUUAGCCAGUGGGGUACCUCUUUGGCCGACUCGGUAAGGAGUGGCUCUCCCGUCACGCUGGUCGCGGGUUCAGUCCCAGGCAGCUGGGGAAUACCCUCACUCUUGAUUAAUUUCUCGUGUUAUUUCGAUACACGCAGAGGACGUGUUGAGAAAUAGGAAGGAUGGAAAGUAAGCUCGUCGGGGCAUUACAGUGGUGGCAUAGCGGUGGGCAUCCUCUCCUGCAGCUCUGUUGUUGAGUUUCCCCGAAGGGGUAACAGGUAGGAUGGCCCAUGCUCCGAGGUUGAUAGAAAAUGGGAAUGUUGGAGGUAUGUCUAAAAAGGACAUUGUGGAGUUAUGUCUCAAAGGGACAUUGUCAACACACAGAAAUUAAUCUACAUAGGGGGGAAAGCCGUGUAGUGCGGCGACGGCCUGAUGAACGAGCCUCCCAUUAUUAACCCACUUAGCCAGUGGGGUACCUCUUUGGCCGACUCGGUAAGGAGUGGCUCUCCCGUCACGCUGGUCGCGGGUUCAAUCCCAGGCAGCCGGGGAAUACCCUCACUCUUGAUUAGUUUCUCGUGUUAUUUCGAUACACGCAGAGGACGUGUUGAGAAAUAGGAAGGAUGGAAAAGAAAGCUCGUCGGGGCAUUACACUGGGACUGAGUGCUGAAGCAAAUGAGAGAAUUAUAGAAAUCAUGAAGAGUUUUCUGUGGUGUGCAGGAAAUAGGGAAUAGGAUGAUUAGUAAUGGAUACUGCUUGUUUUGUUUUAUUUUUCCAGGUUGUGGCGAUAUGAAGGCUGACUCUCCAACGGGUCACUGUACAGCAAGAGCAAGAGCAAACUCGCUGCUGCUGACUCCUGUUUCUGCUGCUGCCCCUGCUGACUCCUGCUGCUGCUGACUCCUGUUUCUGCUGCUGCCCCUGCUGACUCCUGCUGCUGCUGCUGGUGACCCCUGCUGGUGCUGUUGGUGGUGCCGCCGUCACAGUCAGCACUCCACACAGCAGCCUCCGUCCAGUGGUGACCCCAAGGCUCGGGGCGAGCCCCGCCGGUGCUGUGCAGACGUGAGAGUCUGAGGCGGUGCUGUGCUCAGCGCUCCCUGCGUCUUUGCUGCCGCUGAUCUCUGUUGCAGUGGAGGCUGCAAGGUAGGGCACCAGCCUGAGUGCCCGGGACCAGCAGGAACAGACUGUCUGUGGUGUGAGGAUCAGGGGUGACCAGGAGAGCCUCACCACCACCACCACCACCACCACCACCUUGCUGCUGGCAUCUCCAGCCAUAAAGGAAAGGAAAAGUUUGAGUGCAAGAAGACUUGAGAGUGAGAGCAGGUCCACUAGACACAGCCUUCCACACACUGGUGAAGGAAACCAUGAGUGCCAAGAGUGUGGGAAAAGACUCCCUGGGAAGGGUGACCUCACCAAGUACACCCACACACUCUGGUGAAAGACCUCAUGAAUGCCGUAAGUGUGGGAAAACGUUCAAUCAGAAGAGUAACCUCAACAGACACACCCUUACACACACUGGUGAAAGACCUCAUGAAUGCCGUGAGUGUGGCAAAAAGUUCAGUCAAAAGAGUAACCUCAACACACACACCCUUACACACACUGGUGAAAGACCUCAUGAAUGCCAUGAUUGUGACAAAACGUUCAGCAGUAAGAGUGACCUCAAGAAACACACCCUUACACACACUGGUGAAAGACCUCAUGAAUGCCGUGAGUGUGGCAAAAAGUUCAAUCAGAGGAGUAACCUCAACACACACACCCUUACACACACUGGUGAAAGACCUCAUGAAUGCCAUGAGUGUGGCAAAAAGUUCAGUAGGAAGAGUGACCUCGAGAAACACACCCUUACACACACUGGUGAAAGACCUCAUGAAUGCUAUGAGUGUGGCAAAAAGUUCCAUCAGAAGAGUCACCUCAAGAAUCACACCCUUACACACACUGGUGAAAGACUUCAUGAAUGCUAUGAGUGUGGCAAAAAGUUCCAUCAGAAGAGUCACCUCAAGAAUCACACCCUUACACACACUGGUGAAAGACUUCAUGAAUGCUAUGAGUGUGGCAAAAAGUUCCAUCAGAAGAGUCACCUCGAGAAACACACCCUUACACACACUGGUGAAAGUCCUCAUGAAUGCAGUGAGUGUGGCAAAAAGUUCAGUGAUAAGAGUAACCUCAACACACACACCCUUAUACACACUGGUGAAAGACCUCAUGAAUGUCAUGAGUGUGGCAAAAAGUUCAAUCAGAAGAGUACCCUCAACACACACACCCUUAGACACAGUGGUGAAAGACCUCAUGAAUGCCAAGAGUGUGGCAAGAGGUUCAUUUCUAUGUCUGUGUUGAACAAGCACAUCUUCAGACACUCUGGCCUGAGAGAGUUCAAGUGUGAUGUUUGUAAGAAACAUUUCAAGACCAAGGGGGAUAUUGCCCAGCACAUGAAGAUUCACUUCCCCUGAGGUGCCGUGUUGUGCUGCUCGAUGUGUUAUGCAUGUGUGUGUGUGUGUGUGUGUGUGUGUGUGUGUGUGUGUGAAGAAUAGAAGAAUAGAAUAGAAUGCAUUUAUUGCUCAGACUUUUACAAUAAAAGUAUGGAGCACAGCCCCUGUGUAACCAGUUAUAUCAUCAACUCUUUAUCUAAAAUGCCUCAGAACUAAUUUAAUAAAAUGAGCCAAAUUGCUUAGCAUGUGCACAUUCAUCCCCUAUUUGUUCACCAUUACAUUUAUCACAAUACCAUUCUUCUCUUCUGAUAUCACGGUACCUGCCACUAACAACUGGUAAUUGGUUAUUUCCUGUGAGAAUCUUACUUCUAUUAAUACGGUUCGUAUUACUUAGUUUAACAAGGUAAUCCUCAAUCCCAUAAAUUUCUUUAUACAUACUGUAACUACUACAUAUGCCUUUUGUUGUUAUAUUCCUAUACCAAGUUGAUAUCCAUAAAUAUUUCAACCUCUGCUCAACGGUCUUCCUAAACAACUUAACAUUGUUGAUGGUUUGUGGCUGCCAUACGCCUGACAGACCACAUUCAAUACAUAUACGUUUUAUAUAGUCCAACCAUGGCAAUAUAAAAGUACCAGACAUACAUAAGUGCAAUAAACAUGUGUACAUAACAUAACUCAGCUCAGUAUUUUUUCCCGUAAUUAACCUUGACCAAUAAUUUAUCAUCCUGCAUUUUAUAGAUAUUUCCAGUGGAUACAUUCCUGAUUCCCCAUAUACAAUAUCUGUACUUGUAUACCUAUGUACAUACAUUACAUAUUUAAGAUGCCUCAUCUGUAAAGAUUCCAGUUCCCUUAUAAUGUCAUAACCCCAUAUUUCGCAUGCGUAAGUCGCAGCUGUCACCACCAUACUAUUGUACAUUUCUAAUUGUAUAUCAAAUGGCAAAUCAUAUUUUCGAGAAGUCCCAAUCAGCUGAUACAUGACCGUAAGCCCCAAAUACACUGCCGAAUUUUGGCUCACGAAUGUGCGCGAAUAUGCAAGUCAUCCUCUGUCGCGAGCAAGUUCGGCAUCUUUCUUGCCUGUUCUUGGCCGUUCGGGGACAUGUCUGCGUCCACCUCGCGACUUUUAACAGUUGGUCAC